CCAUCGCCUCGUCGUGCCCUCGAAGCCGUCUCGCCUCUCUCUCCUCCUCCGCCUCUCUCUCCUCCCGCCGUCGCGCCCGCCACGGCGAGUCCGCCGCCGCCGCCGAUCGGGUGGGAGCAGCCGUCGCCCGAUCCGAUGGCUGCGGAGGAGCACGAGCACCCGGAUGAUCCUCCCAAGCCGCCCCCGCCCCCGCUGCUCGACCCGCCCGGAUCGGACCCCGACGACCCCCUCCUCCUCCGCGCCGUCGUCCCUCCUCCUCCCCCGCCGCCGCCGCCGCCCCCCGCGCCUGCCCCCGUCCACCUCGGCCCCACCGCCGAGGCCGAGGCCGACGCCUUCCCUGCGGUGGCUCCCUUCGCCGUGCCCCCGGCCGUGGUGGAGGCGAACGGCAACUCCGAGAAGAAGAAGAAGAGGAAAGCGGAUGAAGGGGAAGGGUGCAAGUCGUGCAGCUGCAAGAAAUCCAAGUGCCUCAAACUUUACUGUGUGUGUUUUGCUUCUGGAUCAAGUUGUUCUGAAUCAUGUGGAUGUGAUCCAUGUUACAACAAAUCUAUUCAUGGUGUUGCACGAAUUACACCAGUCUUGCCUUUUAGAGCUGUUCAAACAUUAGAGGCUGGUCAAGAUUCAACGGAACAACUUAUAAGAUCCCCUAUGGAGUUUGUUAGAAGAAAAUGCACUUGCAAAAAGUCGGGCUGCCUUAAAAAAUACUGCGACUGCUACCAGGGAGGAGCAGGAUGCUCCAUCAACUGUAAAUGUGAUGAUUGUAAGAAUCCAUAUGGGAGAAAAGUUGGUGUUAUUUUAGAUGGUACUAAAAAUAUUCUUGCUGGGCCGACACCAAUUGAAAGGAAUGGAGCAGAAGCUGAUUCAAGUGACGAUGAAGAAGAUGAUUAUUAUAUGAACCGGCCACUCUCGCCUGUCUCCCCGUCUCCAGUAUCCAGGGAGUCUUCAUUCCAACAGGAAACUCUAGUUGGUGUCGAAGUCCAGACUAUGAAUGGGCAUCUAUACCCAAAACCGCUUACCCAAGUGCGGCCAGAAUCAUGGCAGAUCACUAGAAGGCCUGCUGAGGAAGUGCGGGGAGAGGCAUGGCGCUACUUGAGGAGGCCUAGUGAGGACGGAACAUCUGAUGUUAUGGAAGGACAUGCAGACCCCAAGUUUCAGAGAGACAAUAAACCACCAGAGAACCAUGUCCAUGUGGAUAGGUACAGCAUCCCGCGGUGCAUUGAGGUGAUGAAUGCCAUGGCAGACCUCUCGCCGAUUGAGAAGUCACUUGCACCGGACAUCUUCUUGGAUGCCAGCAACCGGGAGAUUUUUCUUUCACUGACUGUAGAUAUUCGAACCAUGUGGCUGAAGCGUAAGAUGAAGAGCCUUGUGUAGAGAUACCAUGAAAUUUUUCAUCCGCAUAAACUUGUCAACCAUGUGAUGUACUGUAGAUAUAUCUAGUUUUCAAGAGUUUCUGAACCGAUGUAUCUAGUCCUAAAUUAUGGCACAGGCUAUAUUGCAGUCAGCAACAAUAAAUUCAUCAUGAUCUUCAGGCUUCAGCUAGAAACUGAUCUACUUAUUGCUGCUGCCUCAUUAGCUUAAAAAUUGAGUAGAUUUUUCUUUGUAUUUGCAAAUGACACCCUGUUAUGGAAUGCAAGAAGUUCGCAAGUACAUUUUCUGUUA